AUGGUCCGUAAUGGACCGGGAAUGUUCAAAAUCGGUGACACUGAGUAUAAACACUGGUUUGAUGGCAUGGCAUACAUUCAGAGAUAUCACUUCGAGGAUGGUAAGGUGGACAUUCGUAAAGAGGCGAAAAUAAGCCUACACACCUAUACGGCACACUUUCACAACGACCAUGAUGGAAACCUCUACAAUAUUGGUACCAUAAUGGGACACUGCUACGUAUUCACAAAGACGAUGAAUCCGCUCCAUGCUGAAGGU